ACCUGGAGGGAGGCGGAGGAAUAUGUCUGAGAGGGAAGUGGCGACAGCGCCGGCGGGAACAGACAUGCCUGCAGCCAAGAAGCAGAAGCUGAGCAGCGACGAGAACAGCAACCCGGACCUCUCUGGAGACGAGAAUGAUGAUGCUGUCAGUAUAGAAAGUGGUACAAACACUGAACGCCCUGAUACACCUACAAACACACCAAAUGCACCUGGAAGGAAAAGUUGGGGAAAAGGGAAAUGGAAGUCGAAGAAAUGCAAAUAUUCUUUCAAAUGUGUAAAUAGUCUCAAGGAAGAUCAUAACCAACCAUUGUUUGGAGUUCAGUUUAACUGGCACAGUAAAGAAGGAGAUCCAUUAGUAUUUGCAACUGUUGGAAGCAACAGAGUUACCUUAUAUGAAUGUCAUUCACAAGGAGAAAUCCGGUUGCUGCAAUCUUAUGUGGAUGCUGAUGCUGAUGAAAACUUCUACACUUGUGCAUGGACCUAUGAUAGCAAUACAAGCCAUCCUCUGCUGGCUGUAGCUGGAUCCAGAGGCAUAAUUAGGAUAAUUAAUCCUAUAACAAUGCAGUGUAUAAAGCACUAUGUUGGCCAUGGAAAUGCUAUCAAUGAGCUGAAAUUCCACCCAAGAGAUCCAAAUCUUCUCCUGUCAGUAAGUAAAGAUCAUGCUUUACGAUUAUGGAAUAUCCAAACGGACACUCUGGUGGCAAUAUUUGGAGGCGUAGAAGGGCACAGAGAUGAAGUUCUAAGUGCUGAUUAUGAUCUUUUGGGUGAAAAAAUAAUGUCCUGUGGUAUGGAUCACUCUCUUAAACUUUGGAGGAUCAAUUCAAAGAGAAUGAUGAAUGCAAUUAAGGAAUCUUAUGAUUAUAACCCAAAUAAAACUAACAGGCCAUUUAUUUCUCAGAAAAUCCAUUUUCCUGAUUUUUCUACCAGAGACAUACAUAGGAAUUAUGUUGAUUGUGUGCGAUGGUUAGGCGAUUUGAUACUUUCUAAGAGUGGCCGUGCCAUUUUACAUUCCCACCAGCAAUGUAUGAGAGAUCCAGUUUCUCCGAAUCUUCGCCAGCAUUUGUCUUGUGAAAAUGCCAUUGUGUGCUGGAAACCGGGCAAAAUGGAAGAUGAUAUAGAUAAAAUUAAACCCAGUGAGUCUAAUGUGACUAUUCUUGGGCGAUUUGAUUACAGCCAAUGUGACAUUUGGUACAUGAGGUUUUCUAUGGAUUUCUGGCAAAAGAUGCUUGCACUGGGCAAUCAGGUUGGCAAACUGUAUGUUUGGGAUUUAGAAGUAGAAGAUCCUCAUAAAGCCAAAUGUACAACACUGACUCAUCAUAAAUGUGGCGCUGCUAUUCGACAAACCAGUUUUAGCAGGGAUAGCAGCAUUCUUAUAGCUGUCUGUGAUGAUGCCAGUAUUUGGCGCUGGGAUCGACUUCGAUAAAAUACUUUUGCAUAAUCAAAAUUAGAGUGUGUUGUCUGUGUAAAAUAGAAUUAAUGUAUCUUGCUAGUAAGGGCACAUAGAGCAUUUUAGAAUUGUCUUUCAGCAUUCAAUCAGGCUGAGCUGAAUGUAGUGAUGUUUACAUUGUUUACAUUCUUUGUACUGUCUUCCUGCUCAGACUCUACUGCUUUUAAUAAAAAUUUAUUUUUUUAAA